UCCCAACAUGGCGGCCUCAGCUAAGAAGAAGAACAAGAAGGGGAAGACCGUGAGUCUGACGGAUUUUCUGGCAGUGGAUGGUAGUGGUGGUAGUGGUGGUGGUGGUGGUGGUGGUGGUCCCACCUAUAUCCCAAAACCAAUCAGCUGGGCAGAUGAAACAGACGACCUGGAAGGAGAUGUUUCCACCACCUGGCAUAGCAAUGAUGACGAUGUGUAUCGAGCCCCUCCAAUUGACCGUUCCAUCCUGCCUACUGCACCUCGGGCAGCUCGGGAGCCCAAUAUUGACAGAAGCCGUCUCCCAAAAUCACCCCCCUACACUGCCUUUCUGGGAAAUUUGCCCUAUGAUGUAACAGAAGAAUCCAUUAAGGAUUUCUUCAGAGGACUUAAUCUGCAGAUAAGUGCUGUUCGUUUGCCCCGAGAGCCUAGUAACCCAGAGAGGUUGAAAGGAUUUGGAUAUGCUGAGUUUGAAGAUUUAGACUCCUUGCUCCGUGCCUUGAGCUUCAAUGAAGAGUGUCUAGGGAACAGGAGAAUACGAGUGGAUGUUGCUGAUCAAGCUCAGGAUAAAGAUAGGGAUGAUCGUUCUUUUGGCAGAGAUCGUGAUCGUAACCGGGAUUCAGAAAGAUUUGAGACUGACUGGAGGGCACGUCCUGCUACAGAUAGCUUUGAUGAUUAUCCUCCUCGCAGAAGCGAGGAUAGCUUUGGAGACAGGUAUCGGGAUCGGGAUCGCUAUGAUUCAGACCGGUACCGUGAUGGUCCCCGAAGAGAUACGGAUCGCUUUGGAGGCCGAGACCGUUACGAUGACCGUAGUAGAGACUAUGACAGGGGAGGUUACGACUCGAGGUCAGGCAGUGGCAGUGGCAGUGGCAGAAGAGCCUUUGGCAGUGGGUACCGCCGGGACGAUGAUUUCAGGGGUGGCGGUGACCGCUAUGAGGACCGUUACGAGAGGCGGGAUGAUCGGAUGGAUAGGUGGAGCAGCAGCAGCUCGCGGGAUGACUAUAGCAGGGAUGACAGCCGGCGGGAUGAGAGAGGUGCUACUCAGAGGCCCAAACUGAAUUUGAAGCCCCGGAGUACUCCCAAGGAAGAAGAUACAGGCGUAGCAGCACCUGCGACUCAGUCUAGCCGUGCAGCUUCCAUCUUUGGAGGAGCCAAGCCUGUGGACACCGCUGCAAGAGAGCGUGAAGUAGAAGAAAGGCUACAGAAGGAGCAAGAGAAGCUGCAGCGCCAACUGGAAGAUGAUAAGCCCAGGCUAGACAGACGGCCCCGGGAACGACACCCCAGCUGGCGUAGCGAAGAGAAUCAAGAGCGGUCACGGACAGGAAGCGAAUCCUCACAGACUGGCAGCACAACUCCUUCUGUGGGGACUGGCCCAACAGGAAGAACUUCACGAAGGAGGGAGAGCGAGAAGUCAUUGGAGAACGAAAGCCUCGGCAAAGAGGACGAAAGCCUUUCCCCAACCUCCAAGAGCCCCAGAGAGGAGAAGCUUCCUUUGAAAGUAAUGCCAGCUCCUCCUCCAAAGGAAAAUGCCUGGGUGAAACGAAGCAGCAACUCGCACCCAGCACUCUCACAGAGUUCUGACUCCGAUCAGCAUUCCCCAACAAGUGGCAGUCAAGUGGUGCCAUCAGAAGAUGGAGUGUCCUCCAAAAAUGCCCCGCGAAAAGGAGAUGAAAACAGACCUGAUGGGGGAAAGGAGAGCGUUCGAAGAGGGAGCUUUGGCCGUGGUCCUGGAGAUGGAGGCAGCAGAGACCAUUGGCAAGACUUGGAUCGGAAAGAAAGCCAGGAGGAGCAUGACUCAAGAUCUGCAUCUGAGCCAAAGACAUUUGAAGAGAACCCUGUCCCUAAAUUUAGCUGUGCUAGCAAGUAUGCUGCUUUGUCAGUGGAUGGUGAUGACGAAGCUGAAGGAGAAGAGUAUGCUGACUAAAUUCUCCAUCCCCCUCCAUGUUGUCUCCUAGCCGGUUGCCAUCCAGGAACUUUUGGAGAGCAAAACGAAACCUUUAUUCAGACAAGACAGAAAAAUAAAAGCCUACAAGUCAA